GCAGGUGGCUGCCUCUGUUCUGAUGUGCACGCCUCGUUGCGCCGAUGCUGCAGACACGAGACGAGCGAGGAGGGCUGCUGUCUGCGUCGUGGAUCUGGCGCCGACAUCUCUUGGGCACUUUGACGUGACGCCGCAGCACCUGCCACCGCUGCUCUUCUUGCGUUUCGACCAGCAGAGGCGUGCAGCGCUUUGACGGCCGUCGCGCAAGCAUGGACGUCGAGCGCGCUGCUGCGGCCGUCAGGGGCCAUGAGGUGUCGCUGAGCGAGCGGCAGCUGCACCUCGCUGCACCGCAUCGACGGGCGCGCGCAUCGAGGCGCGCGCGGCACCUUGAGCGAGUUGGCGCGCGCGAGAGUCGCUCGCGCGGCCUGCCAAUGACGCCGGCGGCGCUGCGCCCGCAGGCCGCUUCAAACUCGGCUGCUGCUGCUGUGCCUGGCGAGAGGCCGAGGCUUGGCCGUGCUGCUCGCCUGCCUGCCCGCGCGCCGCCGCGCCGCGAUGCCGUGGAGUCCGUCGCGUGCAGGUGGCGCUUGCUGUUCUUCGCCGGCCAGCGACCUCCUCCAUCCCGACCCUCCGUCGCACCCAGCUCAUCCAUCCACCGCCUGCUCGUCUCGCAGCGUCCUCAUCCUCGCCCACCCCUCUCCGCUCUUCCUGCCGCACCGCUCUCUCUGCGUCGUUGCACCUGCCUCUUCGCUCGUCUCUCUUCCCACGCCAGAGAGCCGGCCCUCGCGCCGCGCUUGAGCCCUCUCCCACACACCCGCACCCGCACCCCGCGCUCGCCCGUCAUUCCGAGGGUACUCGACCUCCGGCUUCUCGGCGCCAUCAAGGCUUUCCUCUCGGUCGACUCGCGUCCCGGCUAACAGCCCCCCACUCCACGCUUGGAUCACACACCUUCUCCCGCUCCCGCCUUCAACCGGCCGCCUAGCGACGGACUUUCUCUCACGGAAAGGCUCUCACCUUGCUCGGGCGUCCCACUUGCCUCUCUCGCACUCUUCGUCUGCUCUUCGCUGCCUUGCCCGUUGCCCUCACGGUGAGUAGCGCGUGACCGCUGCGCUCGAAGGCGGGGGAUGCGAGGGCCAGCGAGACCGAUGGGCCGAGUGGUGCGAGACGGCCGCUCGCGCGGGCGUGGGCGGUCUUUGUCUCUAGGGCUU